GGCGGCUACGCGUGCGUGGUGGGUGGAGCGCGGCUCUUCUACCUUCUUUGCUAACCCAGACCUUGCCAGCCUUGCUCAUUCGGUGUGGUGCUGCUGGUGUUUCACCGCCUCGUCGCGGAGAGUCGCUGCCGAGUGGGCGCUCGGUUUUCGGGUCGUCAUGGCUGGUUACGAAUACGUGAGCCCGGAGCAGCUGGCUGGCUUUGAUAAGUACAAGUACAGUGCUGUAGAUACCAAUCCACUUUCACUGUAUAUCAUGCAUCCAUUUUGGAACACUAUUGUAAAGGUAUUUCCUACUUGGCUGGCUCCCAAUCUGAUAACUUUUUCUGGCUUUUUGCUGGUUGUAUUCAAUUUUCUACUUAUGGCAUACUUUGAUCCUGAUUUUUAUGCUUCAGCACCAGGUCACAAGCAUGUACCUGAUUGGGUUUGGAUUGUAGUGGGCAUCCUCAACUUUAUAGCCUACACUCUAGAUGGUGUGGAUGGAAAGCAAGCUCGUAGAACCAAUUCCAGCACUCCCUUAGGGGAACUUUUUGACCAUGGCCUGGAUAGUUGGUCAUGUGUUUACUUUGUUGUAACUGUGUAUUCCAUCUUUGGACGAGGAUCAACUGGUGUCAGUGUUUUUGUUCUUUAUCUAUUGCUAUGGGUAGUUUUGUUUUCUUUCAUCCUUUCCCACUGGGAAAAGUAUAACACAGGGAUUCUUUUCCUGCCAUGGGGAUAUGACAUUAGCCAGGUGACUAUUUCUUUUGUCUACAUAGUGACUGCGGUUGUGGGAGUUGAGGCCUGGUAUGAACCUUUCCUGUUUAAUUUCUUAUAUAGAGACCUAUUCACUACAAUGAUUAUUGGUUGUGCAUUAUGUGUGACUCUUCCAAUGAGUUUGUUAAACUUUUUCAGAAGCUAUAAAAAUAACACCUUGAAACACAAGUCAGUCUAUGAAGCUAUGAUUCCCUUCUUUUCUCCAUGUUUGCUAUUCAUUUUGUCUACAGCAUGGAUCCUCUGGUCGCCUUCAGAUAUUUUAGAGAUCCAUCCUAGAGUAUUUUACUUUAUGGUUGGAACAGCCUUUGCCAACAUCACAUGUCAGCUGAUUGUUUGCCAAAUGAGCAGUACCCGGUGCCCAACUUUGAAUUGGUUGCUGGUUCCUCUCUUCUUGGUUGUUUUGGUGGUAAACUCAGGAAUAGCCUCUUCCAUUGAGAAUGGUCUCCUGUAUACAUUAGCAGCUGCUUUCACUGUGGCCCACGUCCAUUAUGGAGUACGAGUGGUAAAGCAGCUAAGCAACCAUUUUCAGAUUUACCCCUUCUCAUUGAAGAAACCAAACUCAGAUUGACUAGGAAUGGAAGAAAAGAAUAUUGGCCUGUAAUCUACAGAAAGAAGUACUGUAAAUAUAGAUGCUUGUAAAUAUUUCAUCCAUCACCAUUGAACUAAACCGACCUGCUUGACAGACAUGAGAUCUUAGUAUGUGCGGUACUUGGACAGCAGGAAGGACAUGUAUGAUCUGGACUUGUGGAAUUUUAGACCUACUAACUUCCAGCUUACUUUAUUUUAUUUUUUUAUAAAACCAUGUGACAUUUUGGUUAAGCAUAAUGUACAUUAGACCAGCAAAAUGUUCCUAGUGAUUUUAGCAUCAUGAAUUCAUAAUGUUUUGGUUCAUGCAGAGUUAAAGAUGCUUUGUUUUUAUUUUUAAAACUGCAAAAUUGGUUUAGGAACAUGAUAACACUCAGAAAACCAUAAUAUGUUUUCCUAUUUGGUACUUUGUAAUAGUAGGAGUACCAGUAGCCCAAAUACAGGGAAAAGAUAAAAAUCAAGUCACCUUCGGCAAGAGAUGCCAGUGAUUACCGAACAAUAUACAGUUGCCAAAUACUGGUUUCUCUUUCCCAUGAAAAUGCCUUUUGUCCUUACAUGCUAAGAGAGCUAAUAUAUAUUUAGAUUCUCUAGUAUUCUGGCUCUUUGUUAUAGAACAGAUCUUGAUAAAUGGUUUAAUUUUCUUUUAAAGAGAAAUAUUCUAUUGAGACUUAGUAGAGAAUGAGUUAUAAUUAUAGCUCACCCAUUGGAGUGGUUCAUUGUUUAAAUGUGGCAUUUACCCCCCUCAGCUGCAGGUUGCUGAGAUAUGGUGCCUGUGAGCUAUGAUUGUAAGAGUGCAUGUGAUAGUCCCAAACUUACGGUAGUUACUUGUGAGGAAUGCAGAUAAAAGUAUAUUAUAAGAGAAAUUUAAAUUGGUGUUAGGAAUCUCAUGAAUUUCACUAUGACCAAAAUUAGUUUUCUGAUUCAAUUUAUCUGUCAGUCUUUCCUUCCUUUUUCUCUUUUUGGGGGUUGGGAUACUGUGUUUUUUACUUCAUACAGGAUGUAGCAGAGAGAAAUGAUCUCUUCCCCAGCUUGCCCAUUUCCCCACUUGAAGAAAACUUAUGCCUUACUGAGUACAUACUCCCUUUAAUAUGACUUGGAGUAAUUUCUGAGGUUUACUGACAAACAUAAAAAUCCCUUUAACUGUAAUAGUGUUGAUUUAUAAAUCAGUCUUUUCAUGAUGUGGACGUUUUCUUCUAUUUCUUUUUGACUUUGUCUUCAUUUAAUUUGAUGGUAGUAAAAUUUACUUGCUGAUUUUCUUUUAUUUUUCACUGAAUGAAGUUUGUGCUUGAAUGAAGAGUGUAUCUUAAAACCUUUUUUUUGGACAGGUUGCACUUGGAUAAAAUAGGCACCACUGUGUUGAUAUGUAAUUAAAUUCAUAACCAUUAUUUAUCUAUGAAUGUGACCAUUGUUAAAUUUAGUGUAUUCCUUUGUUGAAUUUCAGUCUGCUGCUUUGUAAAAAACAAAAAAAAAUAACUAUAAUUGAUAUUUCAUUUUUAAAAAAAUUUGUAAAUUCUAAUCAUUGUCAUUCAGGUUAUUAGAAAUGAGUCAAAGAGCUAGCUCUUAGUUGUAUACUCAUUUUUUUAAAAUUGUAGAGAUCGAGAUAUAUUUGGUGACUUUCUCUGAGAUAAAAAUGAACACUGAAAAUAGGUGUGAAAUUGAUGCAGGAAAAUGUGAAGAGUGUUUUUAUGUUUGUUAAUAAAUUGCCAUCAUGGAGGUCAGAGAAUGAACCAAGUAAGUGACAGUAACUCUAUUUUUUGUAUACCUUGUUCUGUGUGAGUUGUAAAAUUGAACUGGCUAAAGUGUUAAUUUGGGGUGGGGAAACAGCUUUGUUUUAAAGUUUCUAAGCUAAUUAUUUUACAGUUUUAUUGACUUCGUACACAAGAAUGAGAUUAAUCUGUAUUAUAUAAGAAAAGAACUGAUAAAUAUUUAUAAAAUAACAAAUUUGGAUCACAAGCUUUCUUCACCUUGUAUAGUAUAGUAAAAAAUACCUUUUACUUUUGGCAUUAGGGUCAUGUCCUAUAAUUUGGGGGCUUUUUUACUUCUAAAUUUCUGCCCUCCUUUUGUUGCAUAUUGUUUUGUGCCUAUACUUUAUGACAUAUUUCCCUCUGGUGGUAAAGAAUUAUGCCAUAGUCAUUUUUAUUGACAUUGUUAGAUAAAAGACAGGUGGCCAUCAACAAGGGAAAAGUGAAACUGAGCAAUUAACUGUUCAGAAUACUGUGGGCUUGCGAAUCUGUGGUGUACUGCUGGCUCGCUCUUUAGUCUGGCAUCUUGAAAGUGCAUCUUGAAAGCCCCCAUUUGUUGUAUAGGCAUAUAGGAACUGAAGCAAGACUUAAUUACGAAAAGCUCUGUGUAUUUAUGUCAUGCCAAUUACUAUAACAUUCUCAAAGUAUAAAUGGUAUUUCAGGCUUAUGUAUGAUAUUUUGGGUGAGUUCACACCCCAGCCUUUCUCCUCAGCAUACACUGAGCUGCCUUUGGGGGAGCAGUGCUGUGGUCAGGAGCAUACAUGCAUGUUUUCUGUGCUUUCUGAAUAGGGUGCCUUAGCCAGGCCAGAGGUUUGCAUUGUGUUUUCGCUGACCAAAGUUACAUACACCUGUGAGGAGUGUCUUGUUUCAGGUUAUGUUAUGAAAAACUUCCUUUCUGACUUGUCAGAAAAUAAUUCCUCUAUUUUUGAAUGGGGGGGAUGAGAUAGAAAAAUUUAACAGUACCUAGCUAGAGUAUGCUAAUGCUGCCUUUUGUGAUCCUUUAAUAAUAUUCAUGAUCUUAAUGUGAUGCAGUUUGAAAUUGCCACAAUUUAAAGUGUCAUUCUUCUACAAGUAGGUAAUAGAUGCGGUUUAUUGGUUUUAGCCUUAAGGGUAACAGAGUGCAUAACUUCCAAAUAAAAACGAAAUAUUCUUCCUUGGCAUCUUAAUAUCAUGAUUAAAAUACUUCUAAUUCUAAUUUUGAAAAGAAAGCUAAAUGCUGAUUGUGGUCUAGGAUGUUGUAAUACUAAUACCAACAUGUCAUUUAUUCUAAUAUAACGGUUUUGGGGAGAAGGGGAGCGUAUGUCUAGAGUUAUCCAAAUUCUAAGUAGAUACCAAAAGAGUAUUGAUUAUGGCCUGAAGCCUGGGCACUAUGGGAAUAUACAAGGGAAAAUGCAGGCAUAGCAUCCACUUUAAAGGGACGAAGGGACCACCUUAAUAUCCUGUGAAUUUGAAAGUUUCCUGAUGGUUCAGUUUUCAAAGAACUAUUUUAUCCUGUGGUCAGUCCAAAAGAAUUUGGAAUGUACCUUGCUUUCCAAAACAGACUUUGACUCUAUGACCUAUGGAGAAUAAAAAGAUAAUCUGAAGACAUUUGAGUCAAAGGCUAUUUUUCCCCUUUAUGAUUUAAUUAGAAGCCUAUUUGUAAUUGUUUCUAUUUGUUCUUCACCUGAGUUUCCUCUUAAAUAGCCACCAUCCAGGACAGGGACAGCCCACUCAGAUGUUGCUCUGUUUGCCCCUAGAGAUCUUGCCACAGUCACGUCUCCUGGAUUGCCUUAGAUCUCUUGGCUAGUGAAGAACUGGGAACGUGCCAGAGGGAAAAAAGUAAACUUGAUGGGCUGGCACUUUUGACCUUGGGUUCCCCAAAAAGCCAAAAACAGAUACAGAGAUCUUUGGUUGUGUUGAUGUCUGUGUUCAUAAUGGCCUUAUCUUGACCUCAGUUCUGGAUUUCAUUAAGCGCUCUCUAGGAAAUUUGUGAAGUCAGACCAGAAUUGUCUUUGUCCCAUGAGGAGUCUUUGUAAGGCAGCAUGCCCUUUCUUGAACACCCUGUGGGUGAGUAACCUUACUAAGUUAGCUGCCAGUAUAGAACCUUCCAGGAAGAAUUCUAACUAGUAUGCUACAUUCGAAGCACUUUGACAUGUACUUUUAAAGUGGCAGUUUUAACAGUAAAAUGAUGUUAAAUUAAUCACUGUGAAACUUAAAAGUGUGAUGCUCUGACCAUCUUAGGAAGCUUGAGCAAAUUUCUGAUUUUCCUUUAUUAAUUAUGUAAAACCCAUGUGAUUUGCAUAUUUUAGUUUUUAUCUUUGACAGUGGUACAGAUGACUGACAUAUUGACAGGCAAUUACUUUAGGGUAUAUGAUAAAUCAUGGUUGUCUAACUUUUCCAGAGAAAAUGGUGAUACCCUUCUUCUUUGCAUGGAGCCGUGAGAAUUGGGUUUGUUGGCUAAUUCAUUUCCACUGUUUCUACAAUGCAAAUAAGUGUAACCUUUUUGACCUGCAUGCUAGUAAUAUGCUUUGCUCUUUAAUAAAUAAAUAUGCGAGAGAUAGUAGUCUAGCUGGGUUUUUUUUUUUUGUUUUGUUUUUAAGCAUGGAUCUGCUCUUUAUAUGGACAGAUCUUAAAUGAGUUAAUAUUUAGGGUAGCAAAAGUUUUGCCAUUUGUAGCUCUCUCACAGGUAGCCUGAGUUGACAGGGUUGUGUUGCAUUUGGUCAGAAAGGCCAGGUUCUCACAAUUUGAAUGUGCUACAUGGACUGAUUUUAGAAUAUUUGAAUAAGGGCUUGUCUCUCUAGGUCAUUCCAUUUGGACACAACAGAAAAAUUGAUUGUUCUGGUCUGCCACAGACCAUUCAUUGUCUUACUCUUUACAGAAUCAUUCUUAGAAAGCCAGGCUAAAUCACAGUAGAGCUGAUUUUAAAGCAUACACAUUGGAUCAUGGCCAUAGAAUACAUCAUGGAGUACAUCAAAAUUAGAGACAGAGUGCUUGCUUUGGCAGCACAUAUACUAAAAUUGAAAUUAGAGACAGUAUUGACGACACAAGGAGUGGCUAAAUGCUGUGGAUGUCUUAUGUCUCUUUGGCUAAGAUCUUCUCUUGAGCAGUUUCUAUGGGUAACGAAAUUAGAAUUGAUGUUGGGUUUUUAUGAAAACAUACACAUGAAUUCACAUUCACCAUGAAUUCUAGAUUCUGAUAUUCUUGAUGAGUACUUUUUAAUAUCUAAACAGUAAGUUCUUGACCUGAAACAUGUUUAGUACUUGAUAUUACUAACCAGGUUACUGAAGGAGCCUGUUUUAAUUUUACAAGAUCUGUGAAUGCUGCAUUAUAUAAAUCUGUUUCAAUUACUGUUAUCAUUCAGUAUCAGACUUUGAGUUUAAUAACUACAAAUUGAGACUAUUCAGAAUAUUAACAUUUUUUGUAGGUUAUUUUGUUUAGAUAACUUAACCUUAUUAGAGCAACCAUUCAGGAGAUAAAGACCCAACUAAGUAUAAUGAUUUGCUCAUUUCAAGGUGCGCCAAGAAAGCAGAAUUCAGUACUGAACUCCAAAUUUCAAUUUUUCUUAAAACUAGCUUAUUCUCUGGGUAAAGGCGCAGGCAAUGAAUAAUUGCCAAAGUGUAAACUCCUUGCUGCCUGCCUUUCCCCCUCCCUACCAUCUAACAUAAUACAUUAAAUUUGUAGCCAGUUGUAGAAAGGGAAAUGGAUACUUCUCUGAGUAAGGUUUCAUGCCCUGUGACUAAAAAUAGGUGGCAGGAAUCAUGGCCAUAUCAAUUAUUGAGUUGUUUAGCUUGGUCUUGUUGCAGUUGGCUCUCUGUAGAGUUCUGAAACAAGAGGACAAUGUCAUUCCUUCUCAGGUACCUAGAAACAACACCACUUGAGCAACUGGAAUAUGUUCACUACAAGUAGAAUAUAUUAAAAGAGGAAGAUGAAAGCAUAAAAUGUUCUUUUUCCUUUUCAAGUAGUUUAAUUGAACAUAUUAGUAACUGGUCUGUCUAGGACUUGCUGUGUUCAUAAUAAAUAAUGUAGCAUUUAUUUUAUCUGGGUAUGUGUGCUAUGUGUGUAUAUACAUAUUUACUAUGUGCACAUAUUCCCUGCAUAUUGUAUGUAUGAUAUUGUCGUAUAUACGUGCAGUCUGCUCUUGAUUAUCAGCAAAGUGGGCAGCCCUCAUGAGAGUUUCUUCAUGUGGGCUUAAUCUGCAUGUGGCCCACAACCCUGAAGCCUCUUCCUGGUCUGGAGCCACAUUCUUUCUUUCUUCCAGUUCAUCUUAGUCCUCGAGAGAAGCCCUAUAAAUAUGUCACUUUUCCAUUUUCAUUUAACCAGGGAUUAUGUGAGCCAGAAAGACAGUUUUUGAGAACCCUCCACUGGGGUUAAGGCUUCUGGGUCUGCCUGAGGAGGGGUCGCAUUUCUGGCCAGAGGGCGGCUCUGGGAGCAAUUGUGCCCAUGGGCUUGAUGGGGGAGAACUCUAACUCUUGCAGAAAGGGAGCUUCACAACUUGCUUAAAUUACUUAGCUGGAAUGUUGUGAAGUCUCAGAUAAUUUAAUAUACAAAUAGAGUAUGACACUGCAUUUCAGUGUUGUUUUUGCAUUAUCCAUAUCACUGUUCCCUGUUGCUAACCCAGAUAAUCAAGACCUGACUGUUCCUUGUCACUGGAUUCUGGAAGCCUUGCCCUUUCAACUGGAUUUAUGUUUAUUUCUGCUGCUGUGAAACCCAAAAGUAAUGCAGUAGGUUUUAAUUUAAAAUUGUUUAAUUCUAUUAUUGAUAAGUAUUUAUUGUAAUAAAAGUAAAAGAGUAAAUAAUUUUUAAAUCCUU